UUUCGCAUGCUCCAGGAGUUCAGUCACUCUGGAACAAGUCUGUGUUAAUGUCCCUGCUCUCACAUUAUGAUGAGAUUAGAGACAUGAAAUCAUAUUCACUGAUGUUGCUGUUCAUGAUUGUGUGCUGUUCGCUUGUAUCUAGCGAAGACACAGCUUCAAUCACGGACCAUCACGACGACACCUUUUGGCUUCAUCCAUUUGACAGGCUUUCAAACGCUUCCACCUUUCGUAAACUUGAAUCUCAGGAAAAAGACGACCUGACAUUCUACCACCCUGACGACUUGAAAUUGUUGCAUUCUCGUUGGAAUAAGAAUCAAAACAUAAUUCCCGAAUUGCAAACCUCAAAGGGUCGUCCAAUCACGAAAUUCGUCGAAGAGCUAUUUCCUGGUUUCAAGUUCACUACACCCCGAUCGGCGAAGAAACCUAACCAGCCACUUUUUGCUAAUAAGGAGAAAGUGAGUGGGUCGAGAAAAACGAUCGAAGGUAAUGGUUCAAAGGAAAAAAUUUCAUCUCCGAAACCCUUCUGGGGUCCUUCAAUUCUCAUUCCAUCUGUUCGACCAUGGUUUUACACAACACAAGCAACAAGGAAGCUUCCGUUUAAAUCGAGUCUGCCCAGCAUAGACAUCACCAGGGACCACACUACACCUGAUUAUGAUUUUCACGCUAUAGACGGACCUACACGGAAAACCGUAGUCAGUAUCCCAUUGGAAACAAGAGAACCUUCUUUUCCUUUCUGGGGUCUUCCUAUUGAGACUUCGUCUACACGGCCACCGCUUGCUAACACAAAAAUAACGACGGCUGCGAAUCCUUCACGCACGGAAGAAGAAUUUCUUUUCCGUUUGUCCAAUGAAACUGUGGACGACGACCCCUUCUCAGGCCCUAUCGCUUUGGCCCUACAACAGCCGUACGAUCUGCCUUACAACCCACCGGUUGAAACGGAACGUUUCCGAGAUCCGAUCCAUUUGAAACCUGGCCCACCAUAUCACGACAAACAAGAUUCGAUCGAGCAAAACGUUUGGCAUGCCACCGCUGCAGUUACGGAACCAACGAUUGUCGGCAACCCGAUAUCCACGGAACCGCAUUUGCCGCAACAACAGCUGGAACCAGACAGGGCAAUUCAGCAACAGCAUUUUUCUGGCCUUGCUCUCAACUCAGAAGUCGGCUUUCUUUCAAAGGAAAUUGACACCACAGCUUUGGGCUCUUAUCCGUCGUCAUAUCCGCAUUCUAUCAAGCCGAAACCUCACGUCAUCUACCAUCAUCAGCCAGCUCCACAGCAAAACAACUAUUAUCAUCCUCCGUCUAGAUUAACUCACAUCGAUUUCAGUCCGAUUUUCUUGGCUAUCGUCCCGAUCGCUUUAUUCUUGGGGGCAGCAGCCGCGUUUGCCUUAGCGUCGGCUGUUCACUCAGUCACUCCGAGGAAGUCGGUCUAGCAACAAGUGUUUCUAUUUUCUCAAAUUGAAACUUAUAAUGAGAUCGAGAAUAUGGAAUCCUAUUCACUAAUUUUCCUGUCGAUGUUAGUGUAUUGUUUGCUCAUUCUUAAUCAUCAGGCAAUUUCAGUGUCAGGUCGCCGCAAUGACAAGUUGUGGUCGAAACCUUUCGACCUCUUCUCGAGUGCGUCGAAAUUCCGCAAGCCGGAAAACGAACCAAAACAAGACUUUGCCUUAAUGGCAUUUCAUCCUGACGAUUUGAAAAAUAUCGAGCAGCCAAUAAGACCUCAGCAAUACUGGGACGAUCGUAGCUCAGAGUCCAACAGAUUCAAACCUCCCAAGUUCUUCGACAAGCCUUUUCCUGGUGUCAAAUUCACGACGCCAAGACCGAAUCCUGCAACGAAAAAGAUGAAUAAUAACUCACCUGACGCGUCAAAUGAAAUUCACGUUCAGAUUGACGACGUGGCUGAUUUGACCGACAUUUUAGGAAAUUCGCAACAUUACGAGGACAUUGUCCUCUCCAUCGACCAGUCGAAUUCAAAAUCAGGUAACGCCCCUGAAAAAAAAGAUUCACCGAAACCUUUUUGGGGUCCUCCUAUUGGAACUCCGCCUACACCCUGGCCAGCACAUUACUCUAAAGCGACGCCGGUUCCCAUCGGAAAUAAAGAAGAAUUUCCUGUCCGUCUACCUAAUAACGCCGUCAACACUCGUCAAGGUAUCACGCCAGAAUAUCGACAUCAAUCUUACCACCAGCCCAACAGUCAACUUACGACACCUGAACGGCUCCAGGAGAAACCUGUCCACAUGCAAUCCGGCCCACCUUAUUACGAGAAAUUGCGAGAAAAUGAUCCGUUCGAUCAGAGUUUCUGGCAUCGAAUUCCAGUCACGGAGCCGACAGUCUUUACUAACCCGAUAUCUCCGCAAUCGUAUUUUAAUCAAAAACAAUUGGAAGCUCAAAUGGCAAACACCAAGGGACAGCUUUACUCCGGCCGCACCCCGAAUCCCACCGUUAUUCACAAGGAAAUCGAUUCUGCGGCAUUGUCCUCGUAUCCAUCGCCCUAUUAUCCGCCUUCACCUCCAGAACAUCACGUUGUGUACCACCAUCCUGCUCCCGCACAACAUACCUACCACCAUGCACCGUCUGCGUUUACUCAAGUGGAUUUCAGUCCCAUCUUUUUGGCCAUCGUCCCGAUCGCGUUGUUCUUGGGUGCAGCCGCGGCCUUUGCUUUAGCGACGGCCACCACAUCCAGCUCUGCAGCUGCGGUUGCUCAGCAGCAACAACAGCAAGAAGAGAGCAGCAACAACAACAACGCGGCCAACAACAACAAUGCAAAUAACAACAACGCUCUUCUGGCUGCCCUGUUUGCUGCUUUGCAGAGCAAACAUGAUGAUCAUAGUGACAAGCACAAGAUUAUCAUUAUUACUACGACGACGACGACAACCACCAUGGCACCAGGACCACCAGGACCACCAGGACCACCAGAACCGCAACCACUGCGAUCACAAGAUUCGAUAACGUCACCUUUGCAAAAUCAGUCUCCGACAUUACCGCCGGAUAAGCCACUUUCGGAAGAAGAUGAUGCUGGCGAAGGAUUUGACCAACCUGGGGGUGGAACUGUCAUCGAACCUCCUCUUCUCGAAGAAGAAGUCCCUGAAAUAUUGACAUAUGACUUAUGAUAAUGUCCUUCAACAACCAACGUUUAAACAUUAUAAAUGACCGCAUCACUGAAGAGGCUUCAGCUGCAAAUCUAAUAAUUGAUGUAUUACAAGGGUUUUCGUUUCUGGUGCAUUUCAUUGCAUGCUGUGCUGUAUUGGGGGAUAAAAUGCAUAACUAACUGUACAGGGGGAGUUUCCUUUCUUUUCAAUUUUCAUUGUCAAUACUAUACUUGUACUUGUAAGACGCGCCGCUGUGCGUAAAAACUUGUAGUGUUUUCUCUCACGGGCAUCCUGCUGCUUCUGCUAUAUACACACGGCCCGUAAACUAUUGA